ACAGGUGUAUUUGAAGAGCUCAAGAUGUGUCUUCUACCUUCAAGGUUCCUCUACGUGUGUUUACAAUUCCUGGUCCUUUAUUUCCAGCUCCAGGAGUCUCAGCAGAGCUCGACCGACUUCCGGUUCUACAUCGAGAACCACACGAGGAACCCCGAUGACCUGAGCCGGAAGCAGGUGCGCAUCUACCAGCUGUACAGCCGCACAACGGGCAAGCACGUGCAGAUCCUGGGCAAGAAGAUCAACGCCAACGGGGACGAUGGGGGCAAGUAUGCUCUACUUGUGGUUGAGACGGAGACGUUUGGGAGCCACAUCAGAAUAAAAGGAAAAGAGAGCGAGUACUACAUCUGCAUGAACAAGAAUGGCAAAAUAAUCGGGAAGCUCGAUGGGAGGAACGAGGAGUGUGUCUUUGUGGAGGAGUUCCUGGAGAACAACUACACGGCCCUGGUGUCUGCCAAGUACAAGGGCUGGUACCUGGGCUUCAACCGGAAGGGGAAACCGAAGAAGGGCUCACGGACUGCUCAGACACAGCAGGAGGUCCACUUCAUGAAGCGCAACCCCAAGGGCACGGUGGACCCCCUGGAGGAGUUCCGCUUCACCACAGUGACGAAACGGACACGUAGAGCGCGGCGCUUGCGGCCCAACCACGCCGUGAGCUGAGCGAAGGAAUGUGUCUGUAAUCUUCUCCUGGGAAAAAUCUCAACCUUCUUGCCUUACACCCUAAAGACUUCACUGACAACCACAAAGUUUGAGGAAAAGAUUUUAUUUUUAUACCGAAGGAGCAUUUACAUAUCUCCAAACUGCUGGACAUUUGUGGGUUAAUAUAAUUAUGCAUAUUUUAUUUAUACUGUAUACACUGCAGCGGUAAUGGGGGAGGGUUUGUGAUUUUUCUACUGCAACUUCCGUUGUAACAAGAGGCAAGGAUCUUUUCUGGCGAGGGGGUGGCAGCGAGUGGCUCUUUUAAAGAAGAUAUAGACUAACUGAUCCUGUGGGGUUUUCAUGAGUUGCCCUCCUGCAGGAUGAAUGCAGUGUUUUCCCACUGGUGUUGAUCAAGGAGACCAAAACAGGAGGAAGAGAUACCGUAGCACGUGACACUGACACAUUAGGUAACUGCUUAGCUUUAAGUGCAAUACUUUACUAAAGGCCUGUCCUUCUCACGGUGACAAUGUUUUUUUUAGGGGCCAACCUACAGGGCAGUGAGACGAUGGCCUUUUCCGAGUGGAGUGCGUUGAACUUUGUACCGUGUGAUUAUAUAUAACUUUUUUGGAGUGUUUGUGCAACGUAGACCUCGACACAUCAUGGCACGUCUAGCGCAACGUUGGUCAUGAUGGUGGUCUUAACGAAAUGCAGAAUCUGAAACGACUGGCACCGCUGGAGUCAUCGACUCAUUUCAAGAUGUUCUCAGCCUGAAAGACCUGUUGACGGUAGCAAGAAAAAGAUCUUGGUAAUCAGGACUGCACAAGUUCUCAACCAUCUCAAUGCUACCUGAUGAAUGCCUUUGCGUUUUUCAUGAAAUUGUAUUUAAAAUGUGACUUUUAUACCUAUUCACCGUUGGAAAUUCCCACCUGAUGUAGCCACUAUUUUGGUCCUGUAUGACCCCUACAGUUUAAUAAAAUUCAUACACAUUUUUAAAAAUCA